AUGAAUAACUCCACAACAAAAGCUUCUUACAACAAGAUAAUAACUGAACCGCCUGAUAUAGGCUCGAUGAAAAUUGAAGAUACAACACCAACCACACCUUCACCAUCUUUCCUUCAAACCCUAAUCUCUAAUAAACACCCCGCAACAAUUCCUCAUAUACAACAGAGUAUGAACUAUGAACUGGAUCUAUCGGAUGAAAGUCUUCACAGCAAUCAAGAUGAUGACAUAUUUAUACCUAUCACUACAGAAGACAAAUACCGUUUAUAUACACCAUGGAAAUACUCAGUAAUAGUUAAGGUAUUUGGUAGAAAGAUCGCACAUCACCUACUACAAAGCAAGCUUCUUGCCUUAUGGAAUCCAACCGAAGAUCUGCCCCUCAUUGAUCUAGGCUCUGACUUCUUCCUCAUUAAAUUUCAAAAAGAAGAGAACAUGCUGAAGUCACUACAUGGAGGCCCCUGGUUUGUUCUGAAUCAUUUUCUAUCAGUUAGACAAUGGGAGCCAAAAUUCAUAGCCUCAUCUAUACAACUCACAUACUCAUCCAUAUGGGUUAGUUUACCGGAACUUCCAACUGAGUUUUACGAUGAGAAAAUAUUACAAAAGGUGGGAUCAAAGUUGGGACAACUAUUAAAGGUUGAUGCUUGCACAUCAUCUACCACUAGGGGCAAGUAUGCGCGCAUAUGUAUUGAGGUUCCACUGGAAAAACCACUCAAAUCCCAUAUCCUUAUAGGACAUCACAAGCAGAUGCUGCUAUACGAGGGACUUAAUCUAUUAUGUACAAGAUGUGGGCGCUUUGGUCAUACAAAUGUUAGCUGUCUUUUUACACCACAACAAUCACCAACUCAACCUGCUUGUAACUCCUCUACAUCUACCCAGAAUGACUCAACUCAACAAACAGAGUGGAAAACAGUAAGUUUUUCAAAGAAAUCUUUGCAACACCAGAACAACAGUCGCAACACAGUCAACAUUAGGGUGGCACAGGGGGCGGCGAAGCCAGGGAACAGAUGA